AUUAUGAAAAAGCAACCUUCCGUUGGAGCUGCAGCCGAAGCGGAUUCCUCCAACGUCAACCGGGCUUUCCCUCCACGGCUAACCGGGAACACCGCCGAUAGAUGGAUAAAAGCCACGACACAGCUCUUCCUGAGUCUCAACGGUGAAGAGAAUGUCCCAGAAACCCUGGAUAGAAAGCACUUUCACCAAGAGGGAAUGUGUAUACAUACUUCCAGUGUCAAAAGAUCCCCACAGAUGCCUUCCAGGAUGCCAGAUCUGCCAACAGUUGGUGCGAUGCUGUUGUGGGCGGCUGGUGCGACAGCAUGUUGGCUUCACAGCCAGCCUGGCCAUGAAGUACUCGGAUGUGAAGCUGGGUGACAACCCCAACCUGUCCCUGCCCGAGCUGGAGGAGUGGUCAGUGGAAAAACACACAGAAGAGAGCCCCACUGAUGCCUAUGGUGUCAUCAACUUCCAGGGAGGGUCUCACUCUUACAGAGCCAAGUAUGUGCGUUUGUCUCACGACUCGCGGCCGGAGAGCAUCCUGCGUCUGAUGCUGAAGGAGUGGCAGAUGGAGCUUCCCAAGAUCCUCAUCUCGGUCCACGGAGGAAUUCAAAACUUUGAGCUGCAUCCACGCAUCAAGCAAGUUGUGGGCAAGGGCCUGAUCAAAGCUGCUGUCACCACUGGGGCCUGGAUCCUCACUGGAGGCGUCAACACAGGUGUGGCAAAGCACGUGGGCGAUGCUCUGAAAGAGCACUGUUCGAGAUCAUCGAAGAAAAUUUGCACUAUCGGGAUCGCUCCCUGGGGGGUCAUUGAGAACAGGAACGACCUCAUCGGGAGAGACGUAAUCGCUCCAUAUCAGACCCUUUUGAAUCCUCUCAGCAAGCUGAACGUUCUCAACAACCUCCAUUCGCAUUUCCUCCUGGUGGAUGAUGGGACGGUGGGCAAAUACGGCGCUGAAGUCAAAUUGCGUCGGGAGCUGGAGAAGCACAUCAAUCUCCAGAGAAUACAUGCACGUAUUGGCCAGGGAGUUCCUGUGGUGGCCCUUAUUUUUGAAGGAGGUCCCAAUGUCAUCCUGACGGUGCUGGAGUACCUUCAGGAGAGCCCUCCAGUCCCAGUGGUGGUGUGUGAGGGGACCGGCCGUGCUGCUGAUAUCCUGGCCUACGUCCACAAGCAGACCGAGGAGGGAGGAGGUCUUCCUGAUGGUGUGGAGGCCGACAUCAUCGCAACCAUCAAGAAAACCUUCAACUUCAGCCAGAGUGAUGCCAUCCAUCUCUUCCAGACUCUGAUGGAGUGCAUGAAGAGCAAAGAACUGAUCACUGUGUUUCACAUCAGCUCCGAGGACCACCAGGACAUUGAUGUGGCCAUUCUGAGGGCAUUACUCAAAGGCACAAAUGCGUCUGCCUUCGAUCAGCUUGUCCUGACGCUGGCUUGGGACCGCGUAGACAUUGCCAAGAAUCAUGUGUUUGUGUACGGACAGCAGCUCCUGGUGGGCUCCCUGGAGCAGGCAAUGCUGGAUGCAUUAGUGAUGGACAGGGUAGACUUUGUCAAGCUGCUUAUAGAGAACGGUGUCAGCAUGCACCGUUUCCUUACAAUCAGUCGGCUGGAGGAGCUCUACAACACGAAACAACCUCCUAACAAUCCAACUCUCCUCCACAUGGUCAGGGAUGUCAAACAGGGUAACCUGCCCCCAAACUAUAAGAUCACUUUGAUCGAUGUGGGCCUGGUCAUUGAGUACCUGAUGGGUGGGACUUACAGGUGCAACUAUACCCGUAAACGCUUCCGAAUCAUUUACAACAAUCUCCAUGGCAACAGCAGGAGGUCAGGGCGCCACACAGCAGGUCCUGGCUCCCAUUUGAGGAAAAGUCACGAGUCUUUUAGCAUCCAGGCUGACAAAAAGGAAAAGACCAGACACAACCACUUCAUCAAGACUGCACAGCCUUACAAACCCAAGCUGGAGUCGACUGUUGAGCAGAGCAAAAAGAGAAGCAAGGAAGAGAUAGUGGACAUAGAUGACCCGGAGACACGGCGGUUCCCCUACCCGUUCAACGAGCUGCUGGUGUGGGCUGUGUUGAUGAAGAGGCAGAAGAUGUCACUGUUCUUCUGGCAGCACGGUGAGGAGAACAUGGCUAAGGCACUGGUGGCCUGUAAGCUCUGCCGCUCCAUGGGCUAUGAGGCUAAGAAGAGCGAUGUGGUGGACGACACGUCAGAGGAGCUCAAAGAGUACUCCAAUGAGUUUGGGACAUUGGCUGUGGAUCUGCUGGAGCAGUCGUUCAGGCAGGAUGAGACCAUGGCCAUGAAGCUGCUGACCUAUGAGCUGAAGAACUGGAGCAAUUCCACCUGUCUGAAGCUCGCUGUCUCCUCCCACCUACGGCCCUUUGUGGCUCAUACCUGCACCCAGAUGCUGCUGUCAGACAUGUGGAUGGGCCGACUGAACAUGCGCAAGAACUCCUGGUACAAGGUGAUACUGAGUAUCUUAGUGCCUCCUGCCAUCCUGCUGUUGGAAUAUAAAUCCAAAGCUGAAAUGGCCCACAUCCCUCAGAGCCAAGAUGACCAUCAGAUGACGAUGGAGGACAGCGAACACAACUUCCAGAAUGUAGCUGAUGACAUCCAAAUGGACGUGUUCAAAGAGGCCAGAGCCCAUGAUCACGUGGAGAUGAAGACUGACACAGAGAUACACGUUCGCUCCAGGAAGCUGCCGUUAACCAGGAAGAUUUAUGCCUUUUACCAUGCUCCAAUUGUCAAGUUCUGGUCCAAUACGCUCUUCUACCUGGGUUUCUUAAUGUUCUACUCCUAUGUGGUCCUGGUGAGAAUGCCUAGGUGGCCUUCACCCCAAGAGUGGGUGGUCAUCCUCUACAUCUUCACUUCUGCCAUAGAGAAAAUCCGAGAGAUGUUUAUGUCUGAAGCUGGCAAGAUAAGUCAAAAGAUAAAAGUGUGGUUCAGUGACUAUUUCAAUGUAUCUGACUUUCUGGCCAUUGUGACCUUCUUUAUCGGCUUUGGGCUGAGAUUGGGUAGUGACGAUACCUUUAUCCCCGGGAGGACUGUUUAUUGCCUCAAUAUCAUCUUCUGGUAUGUACGACUCCUGGAUAUCCUGGCUGUCAACCAGCAAGCAGGACCAUAUGUCAUGAUGAUUGCUAAAAUGGUGGCCAACAUGUUUUAUAUUGUAGUGAUAAUGGCUAUAGUCCUGCUGAGCUAUGGCGUGCCCAGGAAAGCCAUUCUGUACCCAAAUGAGGAGCCCAGCUGGACACUGGCUAAAGAUGUGGUCUUCCAACCGUACUGGAUGAUGUACGGGGAAGUGUAUGCCUAUGAAAUCGACGGUAAGGACGAUGAGGAUGGUAGGGGAGAUUAUGAGGUGUGUGCCAAUAACAGCGAAUCAUCAGUAAGGUCUCUGUGUGCGGCAGGAGUGUGGCUAACUCCUCUCCUACAAGCAGUCUACCUCUUUGUACAGUAUAUACUAAUGGUCAACCUCCUCAUCGCCUUCUUCAACAAUGUGUAUCUCCAAGUGAAGUCCAUCUCUAACCUGGUGUGGAAGUACCAGCGGUACCACUUCAUCAUGGCCUACCACGAGAAGCCUGUCCUCCCUCCCCCCUUCAUCCUCCUCUGCCAUAUCUACUCUCUCUUCUACUGCAUGUGCAGGAAGAGAAAGAAAGAGAGCACCUACGGACCAAAGCUGUUUCUGACAGAGGAAGACCAAAAGAAACUGCAUGAUUUUGAGGAGCAGUGUGUGGAAACAUAUUUUCAUGAAAAAGAAGACCAGUUUCAUUCGGGGAGUGAGGAGCGCAUACGCCUUACUUCAGACAGGGUUGAGACCAUGUGUAUCCAGCUGAAAGAGGUUGGGAACAAGGUCAAUUUUAUCAAGCGCUCUUUGCACACACUGGACUCCCAGAUCGGACACCUCCAGGACCUUUCGGCUCUCACUGUUGACACUCUGAAGGCCUUGACUGCCCAGAGGGCAUCAGAGGCCAGCAAAGUCCACAAUCAAAUUACCCGGGAGCUCAGUCUCUCCAAGAACGUGGUUCCCAGCCUGGCCCAUGUGGCAACAGACACUGGUCCCCAUUCCAAGCCCUCUGUGCUGGGCAAACGUAGUAUGGGGGCCUGCUUUGGCUCCUCUUUUCCCCAGGCGGGGGCCAACAUUGCAGACUCUCUUUUUGGGGUUGGUGCAGUGGGAGGGACAGGGCCAGAAAGUAGUCGAAGAUUGGACCAGCGAUACCCAGCGAUAGGACCAGGGCUGGACCCUAACCUUAACCCAACAUUGAGUCCAGAGAGGAGGGGAUUGGUUGGACCCGGGCACUUUGCUGCAGAGGCUGGCUCCUCAGGCAGCGCCAGCACCAGUGCCUUUGUCCCCAGUGCCGUGGCCAUUUCCCCUUCGGAGCUACGUCUCCGAGGCCACUCCUUCACCCAGAGGCAGCUGACCCGUCCACAGGAGCCGGGCCUUUCCGACUCCCCCUCCAGCCUGCCCAACGUGCCCUCUCCUGGGGCUCAGUUCUAUGUCAGCAGCACCCCCUCCCAACCCAGUGGCUCCAGCCACCCAGAACUCGCCCUUGCUGGCCUAUACCAGCAGCCAAUCCCGCCAGACAGCACCUCUGUAGAAUUUGGGGCAUUUGUAGGACAUAAAGACAGUAUGGACCUGCAGCACUCCUCACCCAAAGAGAUCUCCACCUCCAGCAGACAGCCCAGCCCAGCCACACAGAGCAGACAGCAGGGUCAGCCUGAAGGCCACGGUAAUAUAAGGACGGUCAACUCAUACGCUGGCUUCACAGAGUUCGACAGGAGCCCAGCCUUCCUUCAUCCUGAUUCCACUCUGACCAAAAGGGAUCGGAGCAGAGUGUCAGCUGAAGACAUCCUCAUCCAUGAGGAUCCUAGGGCUGCAGUACUGGAGAGAGUUCAGGUCAAGUCAGCUCAAGCCAGCAGCCUACGAGCUCCUGGGGAUGACGCUCUAAACACUGCUGCUGGUCUCUACACAUCACGACACACCCACCUGGGAGCCAGGAAGGACUCCAUCGGCUCCCCCUUCAAACCAAUGGAAAGCUACCAGUACUCAGCUGUGGAGCGCAACAACUUGAUGAGGCUGUCCCAGAGUAUCCCCUUCACCCCUGUGCCCCCAAGAGGAGAGCCGGUGACUGUGUAUCGUCUUGAGGAGAGCUCACCCAACACCAUCAACAACAGCAUGUCUUCCUGGGCCCAGCGGGGCCUUUGUGCCAAAAUAGAGUUUCUCAGCAAGGAGGAGAUGGGUGGGGGGCUGAGACGGGCCCUCAAGGUGCUCUGCACCUGGUCAGAGUACGACAUCCUAAAACCAGGGCACCUGUACAUAGUCAAGUCCUUCCUUCCUGAGGUGGUCCAAACCUGGCAGAGCAUCUACAAAGAGGACACCGUGCUGCACCUUUGUCUCAGGGAAAUUCAACAGCAACGAGCUGCUCAGAAGCUGACAUUUGCCUUCAACCAAAUAAGGCCGAAGACAAUCCCUUACUCACCAAGGUUUCUGGAGGUGUUCCUGCUGUACUGUCACUCUGCCGGCCAGUGGUUCGCCAUAGAAGAGUGCAUCACUGGGGAGUUCAGGAAGUUCAACAACAACAACGGAGAUGAGAUCGUCCCCACCAACCUGCUGGAGGAGACCAUGCUGGCCUUCAGCCACUGGACGUUCGAGUACACCCGUGGAGAGCUGCUGGUGCUCGACCUGCAGGGGGUCGGGGAGAUUCUGACAGAUCCAUCUGUUAUAAAGAGCGGGGAGAAGGGAUCAUAUGAUAUGAUAUUUGGACCUGCCAACCUGGGGGACGAUGCCAUCAGGAACUUUCGUGCUAAACACCAUUGCAACUCCUGCUGUCGGAAACUCAAACUUCCUGACAUGAAGCGGAAUGAAUACACGCCAGAUAAAGUGACGUUCCCACAGGAUGACCCCCACGAUCCAGGGGCCGGGGUCAAGGAGUCCCGCCAAUCAAUGAGGCUGAUGCUGUGAUUGGUGAAAAGUGCGAGACAAGCAGCCAGAGGCCGGGUGGGGGUGACGUCCUGAUCUGUUUAGUAAAAGCCACGGACUAGGAAAACUGAGCAAAACAAACAUCCAAUCAACUGGAAGAAUCACACCUGUGUUCCCAUGGAAACCAAUGCAUGCUGACUAUGUUACGUUUUUGUUGGUUCCACCAAAAUGCUGUGUCAAACACAGAGCAACAACCAUGACCUUUUCUUUCUUUUUUUUUUUUUAAUAUAUAAAGAAAGGGGGGAAAAGUUAUAGUUAUUUUUUACAAGUUUAUAUGUUAUGAGUAUAUUCUAUAUGAAAUGGCUAUCAACAGGUACAAUCUCACUGCGGAGGAUCUAGUAUUUAUUAUGAAGUUUGAGAAGUUGCCUUGUUUAAAAAAAAAAAAAAAGAAGAAGAAGAAGAAAAAAAACAAUUCUAAGUGCAUUGUACGUCUCUGUUACAGCAGCUUCUGAGGACAGCCUGCUGAGAUCCACACUGCAAGGCUCUUUGCAGUAUGCCACCAGAUCAUUUUUAUAAAUGUGUAAGGACUUGUAUCAUUACUCUUUUUUUUCAUACUUAAUGAAAAGAUAUACAUGAAUCUGAAAAUCUUGUAAAAUAUGGGCAGAUUGCAAUGCAACUUUUACAGAACAAUGUAUGUAAUUUUAUUGUAUUGAACUCUCACAAUGUGUCCACCAAAAAUUGCUGAUAGUUUUUAAUGUUACAAAGGUACUAUUGCUAUAUCUUUGUCAUCAACUCUUGUGUGAACAAAUUACAAUCUAGUGUAUCUUAUAGAUACUGUUAUCUGGCACGAGUUUAACAGAUUAAAAUAUUUUAUGCAGGGGAACUGAGGAACUGAGGGUAUUACUGUAUACAUUUUGUACUGUAUAUCAUUUUAAACUAAUAAAAUGUUAAAAAAGC